AUGAGUUCAACAGUUAUCCAUUCUGUCGUGCUAUUUGACGGCCACAAAACCCACACGAACGCUACUGUUGUUUUCGAUUCGAACAGCGGCAAGAUCACAUCUGUCUCGACUGGUUCCGGCAGCGCUCAACACCCCCAGGGGGCAACCAUUAUUGAUGGAACAGGCCACAGUCUUAUUCCAGGACUGAUUGAGUCUCACAUGCAUUGCCACGGCCUGCAUCUACCUCCCGGAUCGGACGAGUCGACAGUCUUGACAUCUCCCCUGAAAUGCGGUGUCACCACUGUCUGCGACAUGCACUCUGACCUGGGAUCUGUGAACAAAUGGCGCACAGCCAUCGCGGAGGAGCUUACAAGGGCCAAGAAAGCUGGUGGGACAGUUACUUCAUCUGACCUGAAGAGCUCGCUCUAUGGUGCCACUAUUGAAGGAGGGUGGCCAAAACCGAUCGUCCUUUCCGGUCAUCCGACGGAGGAGGUGAUUGAAAUGGUCAAGCAGUGGCCCAGCUUGACACCGGAGACUGCAGCAGAUUAUGUCAAGAAUCACAAGGCGAACGGGGCAAACUAUAUCAAGCUAAUGCAGGAGAAUUGCUGUUCGCUCGCCAUCCCCACGAAUUCGAUACCAGUUGCCACCCUCGAGCUCCAAACCGCGGUUGUCAAAGCAGCCCACGACCAUGGUCUUCCGUGUGUUGGACACGCAUUGAGCGCUGACAUGACCGAGAUUGUCCUCAAGGCCGGAGCGGAUGGCCUCACCCACACCUUCGUUGAUCAACCUCUCCCGCAGAACAUCAUCGACCUCUACAAAAAGACUGGCGCAUUUGUGAUUCCAACAUUGACUGUGCUGGCUAGCCUAACGGCUGAACUCCAGGAUUGGAGGGAGAGAUUUGCUGACCUUGCGUACAAGAAGGGCGUUGUUGACGAGGCGACCAAGCAGAACAUGGUUGAAGUGCUCGGCAUGAAGGAUCCAGCCGCCAAACUGGAAUACGCCCUUGACACCGUGGCAAAAUUCAAGAAAGAAGGUAUCGACGUCGUUGCUGGGACAGAUGCUGUAGCAGGUCUCAAGGGCACUGGGAUCGGCCCCAGCCUAUGGAUGGAGCUGGAGCUGUAUACCCAGAAAUGCGACUUCACCAUCCCAGAAGCCUUGAGCUCUGCCACGGCAGUAGCCGCGAAGAGGUUUGGUUUCGCGGAUCGUGGCGAAGUAACUGAAGGCAAACGGGCCGACCUUGUCCUUGUGAAAGGAAAUGUCACCGAGAGGCUGCAAAAUCUGUGGGAAGGCGAGGGCAUCGUCGGAGUUUGGAAGGAGGGUCUCAAGGCUGCUUAG